UCAGAGACAAAGGGUAUCUCCUAUGUAGGCUGCCUGGCCCAGAUGUAUUUCUUCAUGGCCUUUGGGAACACUGACAGCUACCUGCUGGCCUCCAUGGCCAUCGACCGGCUGGUGGCCAUCUACAACCCCUUCCUCUAUGAUGUGGCCAUGCGCCCACACCGCUGCCUCCUCAUGCUGCUGGGUUCUUGCACCAUCUCCCACCUGCACUCCCUCUUCCGGGUGCUACUCAUGUCUCGCCUCUCUUUCUGUGCCUCCCAUGUCAUUAAGCACUUUUUCUGUGACACCCAGCCUGUGCUAAAACUGUCAUGCUCUGAUACAUCCUCCAGCCAGACUGUGAUCAUGGUUGAAACCCUGGCUGUCAUCUCAACCCCCUGUCUGUGCAUCCUCUUCUCCUACCUGAGAAUCAUUGUGACUGUGCUCAGAAUCCCCUCUGCAGCCGGCAAGUGGAAAGCUUUCUCUACCUGUGGCUCCCACCUCACCGUAGUGGCCCUGUUCUAUGGGAGUGUCAUCUAUGUCUAUUUUAGGCCCGUGUCCAUGUACUCAGUGGAGGACCAGGUAGCCACUGUCAUGUACACAGUAGUGACUCCUAUGCUGAACCCUUUCAUCUACAGUCUGAGGAACAAAGAUAUGAAGAGAGGCUUAAGGAAAUUAAGGGACAGAAUUCAUUCAUAG